UCCCUCCUGAAGGUUUUUGAAGUGGGAGCAGCACCUCCGGACUCCUUGCUGGAAGCAGCUCUCUCUGACAUGAGCGUUGCCCCUGUCCACAUGGCCAGGGUGGCCAGCCUCAGCCUUGGAAGUCUGCUUCUGCUUUCCCUUCUGCUGGACCGAGGUGUGCUAGCCAAGGAGCUGAAGUUCGUGACAUUAGUAUUCCGGCAUGGAGACCGAAGUCCCAUCGACACAUUUCCUAAUGACCCCAUUAAGGAAUCCUCCUGGCCGCAAGGAUUUGGCCAGCUCACCCAGAUAGGCAUGGAGCAGCAUUAUGAACUUGGACAAUACAUAAGGAAAAGAUAUGGGAAAUUCUUGAAUGAGUCCUAUAAACAUGAACAGGUUUAUAUUCGAAGCACAGAUCUUGACCGGACUCUGAUGAGUGCAAUGACAAACCUAGCAGCCCUGUUUCCCCCAGAGGGCAUCAGCAUCUGGAACCCCAGCCUACCGUGGCAGCCCAUCCCGGUCCAUACAGUUUCUCUCUCUGAAGAUCGGUUGCUCUACCUGCCUUUCAGGAACUGCCCUCGUUUUCAAGAACUUGAGAGUGAGACUUUGAAGUCCGAGGAAUUCCAGAAGAGGCUUCAUCCUUACAAGGAUUUCAUAGAAACCUUGCCAGCACUUUCAGGAUUCCAUGGCCAAGACCUUUUCGGAAUUUGGAGUAAAGUCUAUGACCCUCUAUAUUGUGAGGGUGUCCACAAUUUUACUUUGCCCUCCUGGGCCACCAAGGAUACCAUGACUAAGUUGAAAGAAUUAUCAGAAUUAUCCCUUCUGUCCCUCUAUGGAAUUCAUAAGCAGAAAGAGAAAUCUAGACUCCAGGGAGGUGUCCUGGUCAAUGAAAUCCUUAAUCACAUGAAGAGUGCAACUCGGUCCCCAAACUACAGAAAACUUAUCAUGUAUUCUGCACAUGACACUACUGUGAGUGCCCUACAGAUGGCGCUAGAAGUUUACAACGGAAUCCUCCCUCCCUAUGCUGCUUGCCACUUUACGGAAUUGUACCUUGAGAAGGGCGAGUACUUCGUGGAGAUGUACUAUCGGAAUGAGACCCAGCACGAGGCUUAUGCCCUCACACUGCCAGGCUGCACCCCCAGUUGUCCUCUGGAGAAGUUUGCUGAGCUGGUUGCCCCUGUGAUCCCCCAAGACUGGGCCACGGAGUGUAUGAUCACAAACAACCACCAAGUUCUAAGGGUCAUCCUUGCCAUCGCCUUUUGCCUGGUAUCUGGUGUCCUAGUGGUGCUGCUGUUUGUCCUCAUCCGCCAUGGACCCUGCUGGCAGAGAGAUGCCUAUCGGAACAUCUGAACAGACGGCUGAACAAGAGGAGACAAGCAGGGCCCAGCUCCUGAGAAUACAGCACGGGCAGCAUUCCUAAGCUAGGCUUUCCUGUGGUGUGGGCAUUGCACUGCCCACCCCUUCCUCUUGAACCUGCCCAGAGCGCAGUCUGAACUCACAGGGACAGCUGCUUGACUCACAACUUAUUUAGUUAAUUCUUAGCCCUGAGCAGUAGUGCAGGCUGCUCAUGUGGCUAGAAAGAUGCUUUUCUGCAGGGGACAGUUGUAUUCGCUGAAACAGAAGUCCAGAGAAAAACAAGGAGUCAAAUUCCAAUCCGCCUUUCAUCUGCCAAGAGCAAAGGGUGAGAGAGUGAGACAAAGAGUAGAUUAGACAAGACUAGAUAAUGAGAAUGUUAGACUAGACGUAGUAUUAUACAAAAUGAUUCCUAAGAAAAAAACACGGUAAGAAUUAUGAACAUUUUCUUUAUUAAGGUAGGUGUUACACACACGCGCACGCACGCGCACACACACACACACACACACACACACACACACACACACCAAGAAGCAAUAACUAUACAGUGUUUUAUGGCUAACAGACUUCUGCAUGUUUGCCUAACAUACAUUUUACAUUUUAAAUGCCUUGAAAGAGUUAUUUAAUUCUCAGAAACUGUAAUAUCAAAGUAACUGGAAAGUCCAUGUGGCCAUGCUGUUUUUGUUGUUUUAGAGAUUAAACACAUAUGCACACAUAUCAGGUAAGUGUUUUACCACUGAGUUACAGCCCCAGCCCCCCAGGUUUCUUUUUUUUAACCUCCAUUAUCAGAGCUGGAUUUGAGUUUGAAUUUCUUUAUUUCACUUUAAAAUUGUGAGAUCUUACAUUGAUAAGGGUUAUUAGUGGCCACGAUGAAAUGAUAAUGUGUUUUAAUUGCCACAAUAUAUAUAUAAUUUUUUUUUCAGUGCUGGGGCUUGAACCCAGGGCCUCACACAGGCUAGGCAAGCACUCUACCUCUGAGCUACAUCCCCAGCCCUAUCUGAAUUUUACAAGUGGUGAGGUAGAAAGAAAAGUGGGCUGAGGGUUGACAAACUGCUGCCUCAACUCUGCACUGACUUUGGGUCAAUAACCAGAGAGAAGUUCUUUUAUACCUUAAGCCUUUGUUUUCUGAUCUUCAAAGGAAGAAUCCGAAGCAAAUGAUCAUAGAAGUGACAUCUAGUUCUUGUGUUCUGUGAGCAAUUUCUUUUUCAUUUUAUGCUAUGGAUGGGUCGUUGCCAAAGCAAGUACUUCCAUAGAUGGUACCACUGUUAAGUUACUACGAUGAAAUUACUAAACUUUACUCUGAACAAUUUUAUUCUACUCUGAAUGUCCAACCAUUCAGUUAAUGAGAAAUUCAGGUUCAUUCCUUAAUACAUUUCUCCACCUCUUCAGGUUUGACUAAAGAUCCCAGAGAGUAGUGGGAGAAAUUGGUCUACACCUCUGUCCACACUGGUCUCCAGUAAGUUCACUGUCCACAUGGACAGUGGUCUUCUGAAGGCAGGCAGAGGACACCUGUAUCACGGCUCCCAUAACUACAUCCUUGGAGUUCACCAUCCUGGGACUGUCAUACCUGGGAUGCUGGAUCUAUGCCCAGCACAGUGGGAUUGAACUCAGGGCCUUGGACAAGCUAGGUAAGUGCUCUACCACUGAGCCACAACUCCAGCCCCAGGAACUGUUUCUGUUACCUGAUAACUUCUGAUUCCUGCUGCAACACAAAGGCCACCUAAAAAAGAAAAAAGAAAAAAAAAAAAAAAAGAAAUUCUGGCUUCACCUUUGCUUGAGAAAGGGAAAA